CUCCCGCCAUCGCUCCGCACGGACACUGCCAGCUGCCCGCCCCGCUGCCUCAGGCCCUCCGCGGCCCCCUCGCCUCUCUAAGUAAACGCCCUUCCCCCAACUCUAGCUGCUCACCAGGCGAAGAAUCUCUUUACCUGUUCCACUCUUAUUAGCGUGAGGAAACCAAGCUCAUAAGGAAAACAAUCACAAAAAAUGUCUAAGCAACAGCCAGCUCAGUUUAUAAAUCCAGAAACUCCUGGCUAUGUUGGAUUUGCAAAUCUUCCUAAUCAAGUUCACCGAAAAUCAGUGAAAAAAGGUUUUGAAUUCACACUGAUGGUAGUUGGUGAAUCCGGUCUAGGAAAAUCAACUCUCAUCAACAGCCUAUUCCUUACUGAUCUCUACCCAGAAAGAAUCAUACCUGGAGCUGCAGAGAAAAUUGAAAGAACUGUCCAAAUUGAGGCUUCAACUGUUGAGAUUGAAGAGCGGGGAGUCAAGCUGCGCCUUACAGUUGUGGACACACCUGGCUACGGGGAUGCCAUCAACUGCAGGGACUGUUUUAAGACCAUUAUCUCAUACAUUGAUGAGCAGUUUGAACGCUAUCUGCAUGAUGAAAGUGGCUUGAACAGGCGACAUAUCAUUGAUAACAGAGUCCAUUGUUGCUUCUACUUUAUUUCACCUUUUGGACAUGGAUUGAAGCCAUUAGAUGUUGCAUUUAUGAAAGCAAUACACAAUAAAGUGAAUAUUGUGCCUGUCAUCGCAAAAGCGGAUACUCUCACUCUGAAGGAACGGGAGCGGCUGAAGAAAAGGAUUUUGGAUGAAAUUGAAGAACAUAACAUUAAAAUCUAUCAUUUACCUGAUGCAGAAUCAGAUGAAGAUGAAGACUUUAAAGAGCAGACUAGACUUCUCAAGGCCAGUAUCCCAUUCUCCGUAGUUGGAUCCAACCAGUUGAUUGAAGCCAAAGGCAAGAAGGUCAGAGGUCGCCUCUAUCCUUGGGGUGUUGUGGAGGUGGAGAACCCAGAGCACAAUGACUUUCUGAAGCUGAGAACAAUGCUCAUCACCCACAUGCAGGACCUCCAGGAAGUGACCCAGGAUCUUCACUAUGAAAACUUUCGUUCUGAGAGGCUCAAGAGAGGUGGCAGGAAAGUGGAGAACGAGGACAUGAAUAAAGACCAGAUCUUGCUGGAAAAGGAGGCUGAGCUCCGCCGCAUGCAGGAGAUGAUUGCAAGGAUGCAGGCGCAGAUGCAGAUGCAGAUGCAGGGUGGUGACAGUGACAGUGGGGCGCUUGGGCACCAUGUGUGAGGUGAUAUUUACAUGUUGAAACACUCUUGGAUAAAAUGAACACAUUCCAGAUGAGUGCUGCAACUGAGUUUUCUUGAAAUCCUUGGAAGGGUGCCUAUACAAAUAUUAAGUACCUGUGCCUGAGAAUCAACCUACCUACCUUCGUACCUAUCUUUCUUUUUAGAAAAACUCUGUGAUUUUGUAUGAAAUGCUUUUAACAUUUAUAUUUCAUUGCUAUGUUACAUUUUAUUUGUGAGGUAAACUCAUUUUCAUGUUUUUCCUCCGUAGCCAUCAAUGUUACUAGAAUUCAUUUGUAAGAAUUACUCAUUAUGUGUUGUUAAUACUGAAUUUCUUCAGUUUAGCUGGUCUAAGUAACUAAUCAAUGACAGCCACUCUCGAUUUAUAUCUAGAAGAUUCAGAUUUAACCCAUAAUGUUCCUGCAUGAAAAGCAUGUUCUCUCUGCCAGAGAAGGAUAUGUGGUCUAAGUCCUACUGUAUGAAGACUCUCAAUCUUCCUUAGUUUUAUAUUUGUGCACAACACCUAAGACAAGUUUUGCUGCUAUAAUCCAAUUCUGUUACUUCAUCUGCACAUUUACCUGUUAACCAAGUAGAACUGAAAUAUCUAAUGAGACACAUGUUUAUGCUUAACAGGCUUUUAGGUGUGAAUUUUAAGAACUCUCUAUUCUGAUGCUAGAUCAUUUAAAAAUCAUUUGUGCAGAAAGUGACAAAGACUUUCUAUAGUGCCCUCCUCUACACUGUGCUGCAGAGAAAAUCAAGGCAGCUGUAGGAUCCAGCCUCACAUUGCAAUAAGACUCUACACAAUGAGAGUCCAUAAACUGUUUUUACUCGACUAAAUUAUUUCCUGAGUUGUAGGAAAUGAUAUAUUUUUAAAACCAGUCUUUAAUAUUUUAUACUGCACUUUAAUGUACAUUCUGUAACUGCAGUUGUAAAAGAUCUGCCUCAGAAGUGUAAAUUGUCAUUUCACUGGCAUGAACUUGGCUUGUCACUGCCUGAAGGCCUUGGUCCAAUGAAUCCCAGUGGCUGCCGGGUCUUUCUGAUUUAGUUUUUCCUUCAUUUGCUUAUUGACUUUCUUUUAAAGAACAGUAACAAUUUUUUCAUCUGCAGAUUAUCUCAUCUACAUUCUCAUUUUCUUCAGUUUAUGUGUUAAAAUUUUCCGUGUGUCAUAUAAGAAUGAAAGGUAAUUCAGACCUGUUGCUUGCUGUAUGAUGGUAGACAGGCGGCUGCAGUGAAAGCCAUGUCUGGUCUGUCUCUUGAUGCUAUGGACCUGCCCUUCCUGCCCUGCCCUUUCCUCUAGCAUCAUCUAGAAGUCCCUUUCUAUCUUGUCUGCUAAGGCCAGGAUAUGAGUGCAGAAAGGAGCGGGUUGAAGGAGAUAGCAGUGUGGUGGUUUAGUAUUUUCAUUUCAUUCUAUUCCAACGGGAGUUGAGCUGAAAGAAAUGCUUGAGAUGAGAUGAGGAUUUGGGAUUUUGAGGCUUUCUUUUCUUUUGGGCCAAAAGCAAUAAAACAAGACUCAAAAAUUGUUAGUUAUGAAGUUAUACAACAGAAAAUCAUUUAGGGACCUCACUUUGCCCUUCAUUGUUGAUCAUUGUGGUCAGAGGCUCAUUUUGUGCAAUUUCUACCAAGAAACGUGUUGCAUGACUUCAGAAUAUACCCAUACAGAGUCACUUAUUUGAGUUAUUUUGUCGUUUGUUAACUUUGCUCAAGAAAGCUGUAAAAAAGAAAAGUGUUUCUAAGUUGUCAGUGUAUGUGUCAAUAAAGCCACUAUGUAGUACCAGCUGCCACCAGUGGAUGGCAUUGUGGGCUGGGAGGACCUGUGUCUCACUUUCAAGUCCCCCUUUGGUUUUGCUGUCCAAAUGUAAGUGUAUACUUAUUCUAAUCCAUAAUUGCUCUUUCACUAAAGAUAUAAUCUCUGACUAUAGUAAUGUAUUUUGAAAACACUUAUUUUACACAGCAAGUUUGUAUCCGUUUAAACUAAACUAACCUUUUUCAAUAAAGCACUAUUGUUUAGAUA